AUGCAUCAGUUGCUGAUGGUCAUGCUCUACGCAUCCCUCGAAGCCUUGGCUGGGCACACGGCCUUAGCUGUAGUUCAGGCACCGCGUUAUACAAACCAGAGUUGGGGACUGCCCAACCUCUUGGCCCAUCUGAAGCGCUUGACGUCACCAAACUCUAACACAACCACUAGCACAAGCAGCAGAGCCCGGCCCUCUGAAACAUGCCAAGGCUACUACGACGUCAUGGGGCAAUACGAUGCUGCCUUCAACUGUACCACUGGGGGUUACCGGUUCUGCUGCGGCCCCUGCCAGUACCGGUUCUGCUGUGAUGAUCGAUCCAGGAGGCUGGAGCAAGGGAAGUGCCGUGACAGCCCACAGUGGUUUGCUACCACCAUUGCUGGCACAGCCACUAAUGGGCCCGAUGUACCCAAUGGGAGCAAGCAGCCAAGCAACAGCACCGUGUACGUCAUCUGUGGCGUCAUCAGCUUCACCUUAGCUGUGGGAGUCGGGAUCAAAUUCUUUUUCAGCAAAGCCUCCAGGAGACCCCACGGGAGAGAACUCAAUGUGCCCAGAGCUUUGGUUGACAUUCUCAGGCAUCAAGCAGGCACCACCUCAUGCUCUGAGCGCAACAACAGCCUUGUGAUGAACUCUAACUUCCAAGACAAUGGUUCAGCUCGUCCUCCGAAGAAUCUGUACAACGCAGUGAAACCUCCCAAAAGUAGUCACGAUAACAUGCAUCACAAUUACAUCCAUUUGAACGUCAACAGCCCCAAGCACCACACAGCCACUCUGGACUGGCACAUGAAUGAUACCCCAAGCCAUUCCUCAACAAAGUACAAUACACUCAGCUGCGCUCGUUCAUUUCACAACCUCUCCCAUCUGCCUCCAUCCUACGAGUCAGCCAUCAAGUCAGAACUCAACCGUUACUCCUCGCUCAAACGCUUGGCAGCUGAGAAGGACUUGGAUGAAUUCUAUGCCAAGCGGAGGCACCUUGCUGAGCUGACCCGAGGGACGCUGCCCUUACACGCCAUGAAGAUGAACUAUGAUAGGGAUGGCUACUCUGAGAAAUCACACAAUCCACGGCGUGUCAUGUCACAAGAACACAUCCUUUCAGACGGUGGAAGUGGAGGGGGAAGCUACCGCCCAUCCCAUUACGACUACACCAUUCCACGAGAGCGUGUCAUAUCUCACGAGCACCUCCUCUCCCGGGAAAACUUGCAUUCUCAGGAGCACUUGCUUUCUCCAGAGCGUCUCCAUCAACACACGGGUCCCUUCCAGGAGAUGCACCUGGGCCAUCAGAAGGCUCUUUCUCAGACCAAUGUCUGUGCCAGCAGCACCCCCAUGCUUGACCACCAUCACAUGAUGAUGAAAAACUCUCACCCCACCUCCAACAAUUCCCCCAAGGCAACUGCUCCUUGGGAGGCCAGUAGUAACCAGGCUGCCGCCACCCGGCGCCAAGGCUUUGCAUCCAAGAGGCAAAGCACCAUUGAUCAAGUUCAGUUCAUCCCGGGGCAUCACCCAACCCAACACCUUCCUACUGGCAGCAAGAAUGAGGUCACGGUGUGA